AUGGAGAAUGUAUGGCGGGACGCGACGGCUCAUAGCCGCAAGCUCUCUCAUGCAGGCGACAGUCCUGCGCAUGUUCUGGCGAAGGAGACUGCGAGAAACCAUGGCUUGGGCAAAAGAAUCGUGAUCGCCAUGGUCAUGAUCACUGCCCUAUGCCAUGCUCCGCAGUCCAAAACCACGAACAGCAGGAUGGCGACAAGAGCACAAGGGCCUAUUCAGCCCGAGCGUCAUGCGGUUGAGCACGAACGAUGGCCACCGGUCUUGGCCGUCUCUCGCAGCGCACCUCGUCAGUUACAGUUCCACGUAGCCAACACCUCGCCUGCGUCUCGAUACGCUCCGGCCAUCCACACGUCUCACGAGGGCGAUGGCAUCCUCGACGGGAACGGGGCAAUUGAGUGCACAGAUCGCCCUACACUCCCUGUCCAUCGCGUCGAAUCACGGUCCACGUUGCGGUCCGUCUGCAUCGGCGUCGAGCGCACGCAGCGCAAGGAACGCUCUCCGUCUUCGAUCGCAAUGCUGUGGCCCCGACGCACGGUCUGGUCUCGGAACAAGGCGGCGCGCUCAAACCCUUCAGUCGACAUGUACACGCGAAGGACCGAGCAGCGGGUAGUCUGCUCACCGUUCGAGAUGUCUCCCAGCACUCCCUGUCCAUCGCCUCGAAUCACGGUCCACGUUACAGUCCGUGUGCGUCAGCGUCGAGCGCACGCAGCGCAAGGGACGCUCUCCGUCUUCGAUCGCGAUGGCGUGGCCCCGACGCGCGAGAGGCUUGACGAGACGGUCGUGCUGUUCGAGCGGGCUAGUACGGCGAGGGCGAGGGCGAGUUGGAUGGCAAGGAACGGACGGCAAGGAAUAAGAAUGGGAGAGGCCGCGGCGGGCGAGCGCAUCGUCGGCGAUGGAGGAUUCGGUGCCAAAUCAGGGUAG